AUGGCAGAAAGCAACCUCCCAACAACGGGAGAAGAACUGGGAGUGAAAAAUGAGUUUCCAGCUACAGGGACAGAGAAAAGUCAAGUUACGUCAAGUGACGCUGAACUGAAUGUAGACGAUGACUUUUUAAGAGAAAUAGCGAAAGCUUGUCUCGAGGAAGGUAACAAAGAAUACAGACAAGGAGAAGCUAAUAACGCGAUAAACUCGUACACGGAAGGACUUCGAGUGAACUGCAAAGAUAAACGACUGAACGCCAAGCUUUACAGCAACAGGGCAACAGCUCAUUUCCGUUUGGCAAACUAUGUGGAAUGUCUCGAUGAUGCAACAGUUGUCGUUCAGUUGGAACCCACUUUAAUCAAAGCUAUUAAGAAAGGAGCCAGAGCUUGUGUCGAACUUGGCUUGUAUAAAGAAGCAAGGAGCUGGUUGCAUAUGGGAUUGGCCAUUGAAAAUGACGACCAACGUUUGCUUCAAUUACUAAGGAAAACUAAUGCUAAACUAAUAGCCGGAGAGGGAAUCAGUUAUUGCAAUCUCGGCAACGCUUAUCGCAGUCUAGGACAGUUCAAAACAGCCAUCCAGUACCAUCAACGUCAUCUAGAAAUUGCUAAAGAAGUGGGAGACAAGGCCGGAGAGGGAAGAGGUUAUGGCAAUCUCGGCAACGCUUAUCAAGGUCUAGGACAUCUAGGACAGUUUAAAACAGCCAUCCAGUACCAUCAACGUCAUCUAGAAAUUGCUAAAGAAGUGGGAGACAAGGCCGGAGAGGGAAAAAGUUAUGGAAAUCUCGGCGUCACUUAUAGAAAUCUAGGACAGUUCAAAACAGCCAUCCAGUACCAUCAACGUCAUCUAGAAAUUGCUAAAGAGGUGGGAGACAAGGACGAAGAGGGAAGAAGUUAUUGCAACCUCGGCAACGCUUAUCAAGGUCUAGGACAGUUCAAAACAGCCAUCCAGUACCAUCAACGUCAUCUAGAAAUUGCUAAAGAAGUGGGAGACAAGGCCAGAGAGGGAAGAAGUUAUGGCAAUCUCGGCAACGCUUAUCAAGGUCUAGGACAGUUCAAAACAGCCAUCCAGUACCAUCAACGUCAUCUAGAAAUUGCUAAAGAAGUGGGAGACAAGGCCGGAGAGAGAAAAAGUUAUGGCAAUCUCGGCAACGCUUAUGAAGGUCUAGGACAGUUCAAAACAGCCAUCCAGUACCAUCAACGUCAUCUAGAAAUUGCUAAAGAAGUGGGAGACAAGGCCGGAGAGGGCAAAAGUUAUUGCAAUCUCGGCAACGCUUAUCAAGGUCUAGGACAGUUCAAAACAGCCAUCCAGUACCAUCAACGUCAUCUAGAAAUUGCUAAAGAAGUGGGAGACAAGGCCGGAGAGGGAAGGAGUUAUGGCCGUCUCGGCAACGCUUAUCAAGGUUUAGGAGAGUUCGAAAAAGCCAUGAAGUACCAUCAACGUCAUCUAGAAAUUGCUAAAGAAGUGGGAGACAAGGCCGGAGAGGGAAUCAGUUAUGGCAGUCUCGGCAACGCUUAUCGCAGUCUAAGACAGUUCAAAACAGCCAUCCAGUACCAUCAACGUCAUCUAGAAAUUGCUAAAGAAGUGGGAGACAAGGCUGGAGAGGGAAUCAGUUAUGGCAAUCUCGGCAACGCUUAUGGCAGUCUAAGACAGUUCGAAACAGCCAUCCAGUACCAUCAACGUCAUUUAGAAAUUGCUAAAGAAGUGGGAGACAAGGCCGGAGAGGAGGCGUGGUCACUCUAUUCCCUUGGAAGCAGUUUUGAGUGCCAAGGAAAUCUUAUGAGAGCCUUUGACUGUUAUUAUUCGAGUGUAGAAUUGUAUGAUGAUAUCAGGGCCAGUCUUCAACUCAACGAUCAGUGGAAGAUUUGUUAUCGUAAUCAGCACCAAGUAGCAUACAAAGGUUUGUGGCGUAUAAAUGUCAGUCGAGGUCAAGUUGUGAAGGCUCUACUUGCCACAGAGAAAGGACGUGCUCAAGCUCUGAGAGAUCUGAUGGUCGCAAAAUAUCAGCCUGGAGAUUCUUCAACGCCCAGCGCAUUCCGCAUUUCUCUGAGGUGGGUUCCACUGAGCACAGUUUUCAUAGCUAUUAAUGGGCCAUGCGUUUACUUCUGGGUUUGCCUCAGUGAAAAUAAUAUCCAGAUGAGAGAAGUACACGUGAACAAAUACAUGUAUGAGGGUGAGUUGAAAGUUUUCAUCCAGCUACUGAACAGAACUGCUCUUAAGGAGAUCGGCGCAAGAGAUACUGUUACCAUCGAAAAUCCUGUGCUAGACUCGCCGACAGAAGAGGAAAUGGCCGAUGAUGUGAUCCGAGUUGAUGAGCAAGGAAAGAAGUGGAGAUGA